GCCUAAGUGCCGGCUGCGCGCCUCGAACCCGCGGCCUCCCGGCUCAGUCCUCCGGGAUCAUAGAGAGGGCGGAGGGAGCGGGCGAGGGCGGCGGCGGUUGCCAUGGAGAUGGAAGAUGGCGCCUAGGAGCCGCCAGCGCUCCUCGGCCCCGCUGCAGGUCCUGCUCUUCCUCAAUGGCUGGUACAGCGCGACCUACUUCCUGCUGGAGGCCUUCAUCUUCGUGUACAAGGUGCUGCUGCUGCCCUACCCCUUCACCAACCUGGUGCUGGACGUGGCGCUGCUCUUCCUCUACCUCGGCACUGAGGCGACGCGCAUCUUCUUCGGCUCCAAGGGCAACCUGUGCCAGCGGAAGGUUCCCCUCUGCAUCAGCCUGGCGCUGACGGUGCCGGCAGCCGUGAUGGCCACCUAUUACCUACUGCUGCAGACCUAUGCCCUGCGCCUGGAAGCCAUCCUCAACGCCAUCCUCCUCCUCUUCUACAGCCUGGAGCUGCUGCUGGCUGUCCUGGCGCUCCUCUCCUUCUCCAGCGCAGACUCAUACUGAGGCCCUGCGCCACGCCAAAGGACCAGGUACAGGAGGCACUGGGUGCUCAGCACCCCCCCGUUGGGUGUCUCCCCAUCGGCCAGGAGUGACCUGCGAGGCAGCCCCCUCCCUGCUGCCCCCCAGGACGUGCACGGCAGCUCCAGGUACUGAGAAUUCCUAUUUUUUUUGCUACCUUCUCACAAGAAUUCCCUCUUUUCCAAUAAAUAUUUAUUUUUA